UCCAGGAAGAAGCCGGAUAAACAUGGCGGCGGGGCAGCAGUGGGUGUUGGUGGAAAUGGUUCAGGCGUUUUACGAGGCUCCUGCUUACCACCUCAUCCUGGAGGGGAUCCUCAUCCUCUGGAUCAUCAGGCUGCUCUUCUCUAAAACCUACAAACUACACGAGACCUACAAGCUGACGGAGAAGGAGAAAGAGGACCUGAUUGAAGAGUGGCAGCCGGAACCUCUCGUCCCCCCGGUGUCCAAAGAGCAUCCGGCCCUCAACUACGACGUGGUCACGGGACCCCCCAGCCACAAAAUCAUCAUCAACGGAAAAGAGUGCAUCAACUUCGCCUCCUUUAACUUCCUGGGUCUGCUGGACAACGAGCGCGUCAAGGAAAAGGCUUUGGCGUCCCUGAAGAAGUACGGCGUGGGGACGUGUGGACCGCGAGGCUUCUACGGCACGUUCGACGUCCACCUGGAGCUGGAGAGCCGCCUGGCUCACUUCAUGAAGACGGAGGAGGCCAUCAUCUACUCCUACGGCUUCGCCACCAUCGCCAGCGCCAUCCCCGCCUACUCCAAGAGGGGCGACAUCAUCUUCGUGGACGAAGCCGCCUGCUUCUCCAUCCAGAAAGGCCUCCAGGCGUCUCGCAGCUUCAUCAAGUACUUCAAACACAACGACCUGGACGACCUGGAGAGGCUGCUGAAGGAGCAGGAGGUGGAGGACCAGAAGAAUCCGCGGAAAGCUCGAGUGACGCGGAAGUUCAUCGUGGUGGAGGGUCUGUACAUCAACACGGCGGACAUCUGUCCUCUGCCGGAGCUGGUGAAGCUCAAGUACAAGUACAAGGUGCGGAUCUUCCUGGAGGAGAGCAUGUCGUUCGGCGUGCUGGGAGAACACGGCCGCGGAGUCACCGAGCACUUCGGGGUCAACAUCGACGACAUCGACCUGAUCAGCGCCAACAUGGAGAACGCCGUGGCCUCCAUCGGAGGGUUCUGCUGCGGACGCUCCUUCGUCAUCGACCACCAGCGUCUGUCGGGUCAGGGUUACUGCUUCUCCGCCUCGCUGCCUCCCAUGCUGGCUGCUGCUGCCAUCGAGGCCCUGAACAUCAUGGAGGAGGAUCCAGACAUUUUCAGCGUGCUGAGGCAGAAGUGUAAACAGGUUUACCAGGCGCUACAGGGUAUUCCCGGUCUGAAGCUGGAGGGCGUCCCGGUGGCUCCCGCUCUGCACCUGCAGCUGGAGAAGUCGUCGGGCUCCAGAGACGGAGACAUGAGGCUUCUCAGAAACAUCGUGGACUACUGUCUGGACAGGCACGUGGCUCUGACUCUGGCUCGGUACCUGGAGAAGGAGGAGCGCUUCCCGCCACCCCCCAGUAUCCGUGUGGUGGUGACGGUGGAGCACACCGAAGACGACCUGCUCAAACUCGUAUGUUGUGUCAAAGAAGCGGCCGCCGUCCUCCUGAAGUGACGCUCGGCUGAUCUCUGCUGGAGGAGUCCUGACUGAAGGG